GAUGUUGAAUAUAUACAUUAAGGUAAGCUUAUUCCUUUUUAUAUCUAAAAUCCUCAUUCUUUUCUAACACAUUUUAAACAGAAAGCUGAUUUUUUACAAAGCUGGACUUCCAGGCGUUUUUUAAUCCAACACAGCUGUACUGCUGAGUAGUGGUCUGGUAGUAGUGUAAGUGUUGGGCGUGAAAGAGAAAGAAAUAUCAAGCAAUAUUUUUUUGACCUAAUUAAAAUUUUUUCACAGGGAUUACAGUAAAGCACAUAUCAUGCUUUCUGUCUGUGAUGAGAAUGUGAGUUUGCCGUAAGAUCAAAUCUGUAGCCAUUUGCAGCUUUUAAACUACUGUAAAUUUUGGAAACAGUGUGAUGUUACUGUGAAGUAACAUACGCACAUUGACUAAAUUAUUGGUACCCUUACAUUUAAGAAAGAAAAACCCUGAAAAUUGACUAAUGAAAAUCAGACAUUGCUUUUGAAUUGUGGUUCAACAUCUGCAUUAAAAAAUGAUAAUAUGAUAAUGAUAAAAUGAUGGUACUCUUAACUUAAUAUUUUGUUGCACAACCUUUUGAGGCAAUCACUGCAAUCAAGCAAUUUCUGUAACUUUCAGUGAGACUUCUGGACCUGUCGACAGGUAUUUUGGCCCACUCCUUCUGAGCAAACUGCUCCAACUGUCUCAGGUUUGAAGGAUGCCUUCACCAGACUGCAUGUUUUAGCUCUUUCCACAAAUGUUCAAUAGCGUUUAGAUCAGGGCUCAUAGAAGGCUGCUUAAGAAUAGUCCAGUGUUUUGUUCUUAAUCACUCUUGAGUGUUUUUUAGCUGUGUGUUUUGGGUCAUUAUCCUGUUGACCCAUGACCUGUGUCUGAAACCAAGCUUUCUGACACUGGGCAGCACAUUUCGCUGCAGAUUGCUUUAAUAGUCUUGAGAUUUCAUUGUACCCUGCACAGAUUCAAGACAGCCUGUGCCAGAUGCAGCAAAGCAGCCCCAGAACAUAACCAAGUUUCCUCCAUGUUCACAGAGAAGCUGAAGGAGGUUUGUUACCUACGAGACAACAAAGGAGAGCUGAUAGAAGAGCUCACCACCAUGAUUCUGCAGACAAUUAUCUGCAAGAAUAGAGAUCUAUCUGAGAUGCAUACAGAGUGUAAUUUGGAGCCACCACCUGAUCAAAACCGUAAUUCCCAAUCAGCCUUCUCACAUCUCACUGAAGAAAUUUUGGCCCAGCAUGAUAAAACUGAGCAGAGUUCCAUGCUCUGCACCCAGGGGCUAAAGAAGGAUGAAGUUCCUGCUGUUGCAAGCUGGAAUCAGAAUAUGGACUGGAUGGAAAACUCCUGUGCAUCCUCAGUGCUACAGAGUCCAGAUGGAAAUUGGUUUGCCCUGCAGAGUACCCAACUGCCUCGGCUGAGCCUACCGACCAAGCGUGAGAACCUGAUGUUCAAUGCCCUGGAGAAAGAAUCUGGUGUGAUCUCAGCCUAUGAUGGAAUUGCCUCUGACACUGAGUCAGACUCUGAUGGAGCAUGGGGUGCUGCCCGGGGGGAGAUUCACCGCAAACUGUGCACCAGCAACCUGUUAUAUGACCGUCAUGCCACCAGCUCCAAACCAGCUAUAAAAUCACCCACAAAAUAUGCUUCUGACCAACCACAAAGUGACAGUGACCAGAACAACCCUGUGCCCCAAAUCUAUAACCCAACACUUCCCCUCCUGAAGAGGACGGUGUCUCUAGAGGACAGGCACCUACCUUGCCAAUGCCAUAGUGUUAUGGGUGUUACCACUAACCCUUAUGGUGGAGAAAGUAGUGAGGAUGGCUUAGAGGACAACAGGGUCAAGAGGACACGACGGAGGAGAAGAAAUAAACGUGAGGCUACAGAGGGGAAAGGCUUGAGAGUAUGCAGUGGGGAAAGGCCAUCUUUAUCUGAACCUCAGGAUUACGGCAGGAUGCUGUUGAAUUACCUGUUGAAAUGCCAGAGCAAGAGGCAGAGUGUCUCAGAGAUUCCAAGUGAUGAGACUAUGAAUGCAGACACGCCAGACUCUGUGACACCAGACAUUUUGAAAUCUGGGGCCAUGACUCCUGAUGCUUUUACACCUGAUGCAGAAGACCCCCUCACUGAGCAUCAUGUUCUGAGUGGUACUUCAGAUCAGCAGCUGACAUCCAAAUUGAGCGAACUGGCCAAUCAUGUCAAUGGAACACAGCUCCCAUUAACCAGGAAUGGGAUUGAUGGAGUAGUAGAGCCUGUAGAUGAGGGAAAGGAAGUGCGAGAGGGGGGAAAGAAAGAAGAGAGGGACAAAGAGAGAAGAGAAUCCUUAAGUGAUAUGGUGGUGGAUGUCAGGCAGAAAAACUCGGAGAUAAAAGAGGAUGAAGAUCACAAAGUAGGCAAAGGAUUAACAGAUGUAGAAGUUAAUGAGAUAGAGACCAAAACAUUAAUGAAUUUAGAAACCCAAAGCACAAAUAUGAUUGAUAAUUUGCACAAUGAAAUUUUACAAGAGACAGUAGUGAAACAAAGUGCACCUGAGACAGACGGAACUGCCAGAAUGUCACUGGAAGAGUGCUUUGAUUAUCAAGCUGAGAUGGAUCGAGAACCCGAAGAGCAUAUAGAGAGAGAAUUAAAUACCACUUAUAAAAUUGACUCAGACGGACUGAUUAAAACUACUGAAGACAAAGCAAGUUAUUUGAGUAAGAGAAUGCUUGUAGAUCAGAAUGUUGAACAGGAAACGAAAGACAGGUCAGAAAGUAAAGGGGGAGAUGAUAGUGAGCCUGAACCUGUAAAAAAUCCAGACAGUAUAAAGAAUGAGGAACAUAAGGAACCAGAGGCAAAAUGUCUUUUGGAGACAACUGUAGAAAGCUGUGAAAAAAGUGAAAAAGACGAGAGUCAAGAGUGUAGGAAGCAGAAAAAAGACACUGAAUAUGAAGCUGAAAGUAAAAAAGACAAUCUGGACAAUACUGGAAGUGAAAACAGAAUGAACAAUGAGAAAGAAAGCCUAACAUUCAGUCAGGAUAAUCUUGAUUUUGUCGAGGAAGAGAACUCAGAAUAUAAGCAAAUGACUGAGAAUGUGGUAACAGGUUUAAAUAUUAUGGAAGAGGAAACAGAGGCACAAAUCAGCAAUACAUCAUACAGCAUAUCGGAUUUAACUGAUGAUUCUUGUAAGGAGAUGGAGGAAAAAAUGGGAAAACAAAUAGAACAAAAUCAGAUGACACAGGAUAAUGAAAUGGGAUUCCAUAAUGAGAGAAUAGACAGGGAUGAACAAAUGCAAGAGGAUGAUAUGGAAAAUGAGAGUAACUUUGUUGGUAAAACAGAAGAGCAUAGUUGUGUAGCAGAAGCAGAACAGUGUAAUGACCACACACUCAAGGACGUUCUGGACUACACUACUUCUGGUCAGGAAGAAUUUCUCUCUGCAGAGGAUGUCUACAAGGAUGAGCACUUAGAAAAAGACCUGCAGUUUAUCUUCACUCUGCUACAGCAGAAGUAUUCGGCUGCAUCUCUGCGCAGUAUCACCAGUGAGGUGCUGAAGGUUCUCAAUGCUACUGAAGAUCUUAUCCAGGGGGCCAUGGGUCUUAGCCAGUCAGAGUCCUGGGAUCGACCUGCCUUUUCUCCUACUCAGAGCAGGAGACUGGAUGAGCAGCUCAGCAGAAUAGAGGAAAAUGUUUAUGUAGCUGCUAGUGCCGUAUUUGGACUGGAGGCUGAACUGGGAGAUCUUGAGGAGUGUGCACGCAGCAUCAGUGGAGAUACCACAGAGGAAGAACUCUCUCAUCUGGAGGAACAGGUGGCUUCAGCUGCUGCUCAAGUACAGCAGUCCGAGCUCCAGGUGACAGACAUUGCAGCAAGAAUUGCAGCUCUGAAAAGUGCUGGCCUUAAUGUAGCACCACAGACGCGUUUUGCCAAGCCACAAACCAUAGAUUCAUCUCGCCAGCGCCGCCGCCGCCUGCCUGCACCUCCAAUGCAAGGUAAAAAGAUGUAGUGAGGCCGGAACUCAGGAAGCAUCACUUUACAGCCAAACAAGCAGAACCUCUGUGCCUUUAAUCAGUGAAUUACAGGCCCAAACAACCUUUUCUGUUAACCAUAACCAAAAUCAUGCACUGCAAAACUGAUCACUAGGAACUGGAAGACAGCAUUACUGUGGGAUUUUUUUUAAAAAAAUGGCCAAAAUGUAAAAGAAGAUGAAAAAUCACUAUUAUGUGUACAAUUAAAUAUAUUACAGUAGGUUAUUUAUGCUCUAUGCACUUACAUGAGAUAUGUGCUUGAUCGUUUGCCAUAGGCAUUUGGAAGAUUCUACGCUGAACUUAUGGCUCAGUUUUGUUUUCAAGUUGACAUUAUUACCUUUGUUGUGAAAAUCUAAAGUCUAUUCAUUUUAUUUCAACUCAUUCAUCAAGAAACAUAAAAGCACAUAAAGCCAGUCUAAAUUUUGUUUUUCAUAUCACUAUUUCUCAGAGCAUUGUUAACAAGCAUCCUAAGCAUUUCUGUCCCAUUUGCUCUUGUUUAUUCCUCUAGUAAAGCAUUCCGGAGAAAUAAAUUUACAAGAAUCACAUACAGGAAUCAUAGAUACAAAUAAAAAUGUGUAGAUAUUUAGUAUGGAUUAAAAUUCUUUAUGUAAUAUCAUAUCAGUGUUGCAUGUUUUUUCAUGUUGCUUGUAGCACUAAGUAUCUAGAAAUUAGAAAAUAGUGUGUAUACACACACACACACAGUGGAAGAGAAUUUCCUAUUUUUACAUUUAUAAAAAAAAAUUCUAUGUAGUGCAAAUAUUUUUUUUGCAUAUAUUUGAUUUGUCAGCAUUUGUUUAGAACAAUAAAAAAAACAGUUGACAGGAGACAUAGUAAAUGUUCUGAGGUAUGUUUAAUGUCCAGUUUCUUU